UCACGAGCCAGCUCCAAAUUCAAAUUCAAAAAUUUUCAAACUGUUUUAGGGUGGGAACAAGAAGAAACCAGUGAAGCCGGAGCGCCAUUACCGAACGAACUCUGAAGUCUGAAGUAAAUUCUCUGUUUACAAAACAAAAUGCCGCAUCGUUGAUCGUUUAUGUGUGUGUAAAUUUAUGCAUUGAGAGAUGGAGUUCCACACAAUGAAGAGAAAGGAUCUACAAGCAUUGUGCAAAAAGCACAAUAUACCUGCGAAUACAACGAACCAGCAGAUGGCAGACAGGCUUGCUUCGCUUCUUAAGGUAGAAGAAAAUCCCAGAAGUAGAGCCCCUUCUUGUUUGAAGGAUUCGGGGGAAAAAGACGGUGCUAAAGAAUCCAACAUCGUGACAGGACAAGAUAAGAAAGUUAGAUUCAGUCCUCGGGUUGAAAUUGUAGAGUUGGAGGACUCGCCAGACUUGAAAAAAUCUCCGGAGAUUAAUAAGGUCGCCAGGACACGGAGGAGGUCUAUGGCCAGGCCGGAACCUGGAAAGCCUGAAACCACUGCUGAGAAGCUCGAGGAAGUUCCAGACAUCCCUCUAAGAAAUACGAGGUGUCGUUCCGGAAAAUCGACAGAAGGUGAGGUAACCGUGACUUCAUCACCUGUAAUUGGACGAAAGAAACGAAGAAAAGAGGUUGAUUUGAAGGAUACGGUGAGAAGUACUUGUGUUGAAGAGACAGGAGAUCGUCCUGCUGUAGAAACCAGAGCAGCAGUUGCAAGAUCAUUGAGGAAAAAGGAGGUUUUGUCACUUAGUGCCGAGGUUAAUGAUGAUGAUAAGAAAGAUUUGAGCCCAAGAAAGACAAGGAGGGGAGUCGUUGAAGUGGCACGAAGGAACACCAGUUCUAGGGCUCGUGUUCUGGAGGCAGAGUGUGAAGCUGGAAACCGAACUGAAACUGAGGCUGAGGAAACUGAACGUGUUGUUCUUCAACCCAAAGAACCAACGCGGCGUUCAACUCGCAAUGCUUCUAAGCAGGAACCCUGUGCACCCGGUGACAUUGAAGCUGGAAACCGAGAUGAAACUGAGGCAGAGGAAACUGAACGUGUUGUUCUUCAACCCAAAGAACCAACGCGGCGUUCAGCUCGCAAUGCUUCCAAGGAGGAACCAUGUGCACCCGGUGACAAUGAAGCUGGAGUUCAGGCUAUAGUGGAGCAAGAAACGGUGAGAGUCUCAGAAUUCAAAGAAGGGCCUCCAAGAAGAUCUGGUCGCCGUGCUUCGAAACUGAAUCCUGUUUUUCCAGCUAUUAGGAAGGCAGGAACUGAUGAAAAUUUGCGUGGGAAUGGAGCACAGAGGAAGCGGUGUGCACCAGACGACAAUAAAGCUGGUGUUGAAGCAGUGGUGCAGGAAGAUACAGCGGCGAAUGUCUCUCAACUCGAAGAAGGGCCUCCAAGAAGAUCUAGUCGCGUUGCUUCGAAGCUGAAUCCUAAUGCUCAAGAUAAUGGGAUGACGGGAUGUGACGAAACUGUGCGGAACAAGGGACCCCAGAAGAAGCGACAGAAAGAUGCAGUCUUGGAAGGAUCAUCUUUUAUGGCUGAAGUGGUAGAAUCUCAACUUGAAGGAAAGGGAGCCUUUCAACUCAAAGACCCUGUGAGGAGAUCUAGACGAAAUUCUUCUGUACAUGAAUAUGUUAUUGUCAGUGGAGAGGGUGAAAAUGGUGAUGCUGUUCAAGGAAAUGAAAUACUGAAGCCCUCCAGUCUCCCUGUUAUGGGAGAAGAAGAAGUUUCAGCAACUGAGUGCAUCUCUCAACUUGCUCAGCCUCUAAGGAGAUCCAGAGGACAAGCUUCUAAGCAGGAAGAUACAGUCUUGGGAGGAUCAUCUUGUGUGACUGAAGUUGUAGAAUCUCAAUUUGAAAGAAAGGGGGUCUUUCAACUCAAAGACCCUGUCAGGAGAUCUAGACGAAAAUCUUCUGUACAUGAAUAUGUUAUUCUCAGUGGAGAGGAUGAAGCUGUUCGAGGAAAUGAAACACUGAAGCACUCCAAUCUCCCUGUUAUGGGAGAAGCAGAAGUUUCAGCAACUGAGUGCGUCUCUCAACUUGCUGGGCCUCCAAGGAGAUCCAGACGACAAGCUUCUAAGCAGGAAUCAUCUGUAGAAACCUCUGUGGUGGGUGUGACUGCUGAACCUUCAAUAAAGAACGUGCAAAGGAAGCGUCUACGGAAGUCAAUCCUGGAAAAAGGUUCUUCUGUAAUGGAGGGUGCCACUUUAAUUGAGGAACUGCCAAUUCCAGAUCCUGAAGUUUCUGUAAAUCUUGUCGAGGGUAGGGGUAGCUCCUUCAAUCCAGUUCUGAGUUCCAUCAAGGAGGUUCCUGAGGCGAUGAAUGGGAAGAGGAAGACCAGGAGAAAGUCUCCUACUAAGAAAGGAAACAGAUCAAAGUCCAUUGUUUCUGAUUUUGAAGAAACGCAGGAUGUUGUGGAAGUAGGUUUGGAGGCGGUUAUUCCUGCAACUGCAAGGCUUGAGAUUCAUUCUGAAAACCAUGAGGAAAGGGCUCUUAUUGAAGAAAUAGAUUUGAAUACUGCGGAUGAAACUAUGCAAAUAUCAGUUGAAAAAGGUAGUUCCUUGGUGGAUGAAAUUUUAGGUGGCAGAGAUGAUGAAGCAUUAGACUUGCAGAAUACACUGGAAUGCGCUGAUGUUACAGAUUUAGAGCCAGUGAAGGAGCAGUUAAAUGUCUUCACUGAUGUGGAAAGGAUGCGCAUACUAUUUUCUGGAAAUAAUUCAUUAGAGGUGCAGGAAGAACAAACUAAGUGUUGCGAAGUUGCAGAUGAAACAGAAGCUUCCGCUGUUGGGAACAGUUUAGAAGUCCCUUGUGAGCUCCCUCAGACUGUUGUACAAGAACUAGCCAACCAAAAUUCUGAAGAAACCCAGCCGGUUCAUCUUUCGUAUGAUAGUUCUUCCGUCGAGUGCAGUUUCAAUGUUGGUAUAGAAAUUUUUUCUGAAGUCGCUGAAAAAGUAGAGUCUGUAAAGAAGGCUAUUAUGGAAGCCACUGAAACAGUAGAAUCUGUGAAGGCGGCGGCUAAUAUAGAAGCCAGUGAAGCAGUAGAAUCUGUAAAGGAGGCUACUAUGAAAAUCACUGAAACAGUAGAAUCUGUGAAGGAGGCGGCUACCGUGGAUGUCACUGAAGCAGUAGAAUCUGUGACGGAGGAGUCUUCUAUGGAAUUCACUGAAACAGAAUCUGUGAAGGAAGCGGCUAUCAUGGAAGUCACUGAAGCAGUAGAACCUGUAAAGGAGGCUACUAAGGAAGUCCUUGAAGCAGUUGAAUCUGUAAAGGAGUCUAUUAUGGGUGUCAAUGAUGCAGUAGAUUUUGUAGAGGAGGCUUCAAUGGAGGUCACUGAAACCGUAGAAUCUGUGAAGGAGUCAGUUACUACGGAAGUCACUGAAACAGUAGAAUCUCUGAAAGAGGAGGCUACUUUAGAAGUCACUGAAGCAGUUGGAUCUCUGAAGGAGAAAGCGACUAUAGAAGUCACUGAAGCAAUAGAAUCUGUAAAGGAGGCGACUACUACGGAAGCCAUUGAAACAGUAGAAUCUGUGAAGGAGGCUACUAAGGAAGUCACAGAAGCAGUAGAAUCUGUAAAGGAGGCUAUUAUGUGUGUCAAUGAAGCAGUAGACUCUGCAGAGGAGGCUUCUAUGUAUGUCACUGAAACCAUAGAAUCUGUGAAGGAGGCGGCUACUACAGAAGUCACCGACACAGUAGAAUCUGUGACGGAGGCUUCUAUGGAAGUCACUGAAACAGUAGAAUCUGUGAAGGAGGCUUCUAUGGAAGCCACUGAAACAGUAGAAUCUCUGAAGGAGGAGGCUACUAUAGAAGUCACUGAAGCAUUAGAGGAAGUAACCGAAACAGUUGAGUCUGUAAAGGAGGCUUCUAUGGAAGUCACUGAAACAGUAGAAUCUCUGAAGGAGGAGGGUACUAUAGAAGUUACUGAAGCAGUAGAAUCUGUCAAGGAGGCUGGUACUAUAGAAGUCACUGAAGCAGUAGAAUCUGUCAAGGAGGCUGGUACUAUAGAAGUCACUGAAGCAGUAGAAUCUGUAAAGGAAGCUACUAUGGAUGUCACUGAAGUAGUAGAAUAUGUAAAGGAAGCUACUAUGGGUGUUACUGGAACAGUAGAAUCUGUAAAGGAUGCUUUUAUGGAACUCACUGAAACAGUAGAAUCUCUGAAGGAGGGUACUAUAGAAGUUAGUGAACCAGUAGAAUCUGUAAAGGAGGUGGCUACUAUAGAAGUCACUGAAGCAGUAGAAUCUGAAAAGGAAGCUACUAUGGAUGUCACUGAAGUAGUAGAAUCUGUAAAGGAGUCUAGUAUGGAAGUCCAUGAAACAGUAGAAUCUGUACAAUCUAUUCUGGCUGCUAAUGACAUAAUGCUAGAGGUUAACGGCCUCUGUCUUGGAUGCCAAAUUGAAGAUUUGGGGAAGCCUAUUCUUAAUGUUUUGGACAUGGGGGAAGAAGAUGAUGCAGAUGAUGAAUUUUCAGUGAGCCAAAAGAAACAUCGAAGAGAUAGUUGUUUGUUUGAUUCACAUACUCAAGAACAACAAUCAACGGACUGGAAGGAGACCGAACAACAAGAUGUUGCUGAAGUUAGUGCGGGUUGCUUAACAAUUACAAAUGAAUCUCUUUGUGCUCAUCAAGAUGGUGCUGAGGAAAACGGAAGCUCAGAUGAAACCCGUAAUGUUGAUUCUGGAAAAGUUGAUGGGAUGGGUAUUGGAUCUUUUGAUAGAGAUGGGAAUGGUCAGCGGUUCCAAGAACUUUUGUCUGCAGAAGCCAACAAAAAGAAACUGAACUUUAUAUUUGAUGAUUUAGCUGAGGCUUUUUUUCUUAAUUCCGAAGAGAAUUCCGAGGGGCGACAGCAUCAAGAUCCGAGUAGGGACGAUGAAGAUGCCACAGUGGAAGGGAACUCUACAAUUUCUCCUGAACAAAUCGCGAACCAGAAGGAAAGUAGGGAACUCUACAAUUCUGAAAAGAAAUACAUGUUAGAAUUUUCUCCCUUGAAAACUGGUGAAGCUUCAGAUAUUCAUCGAACCCUUGAAAAGGGUGCAUCAGAUUACCGUGCUUUUGAUAGUAACGGUGCUCUUUCGGCUGUUAACUCACCAACUACCCAAGAUAAUGCCUCACGAGUGGUAGAUGUUGAGUCUUGUCUGAACAGCAUGGCUUCAAAGCUCAUUAGAGAUGCUGCUAUUGGUAUUGUUGGUCUAUCAAGUAGAAAAGCAGAUAUCAACUCAGGGAGAUUUGAAGAUUCUUCAAAUGAAACUGAUCCCAUUGACUCUAUAAGGUUUUUAUUUUCUGAAGUUAGUUCAGUGCAGAAAGAAGACGUGGUGAGCCGUGAUUCUGAAUUGGGUGCAGCAGAUGCCAAACCUGUUAAUAAUUUCAGCAAUCUUUCAAUUGUUGAGGCAUUGGCGAUCCAAGAUGGUGAGGCAACAGAUGUGGAUGAGGCGCCCAGUGUGAACUGUAUUAAAUCGAAGUCCUGUGGGAAGGAUACUGCAGUAACUGCAGUGUUGAGAGGAGAAACAUAUUAUGGUCCGGAAGAUUCUGUAGAAUCUUCACAUGCUGCUGGAGAUAAUCCAUCUGUAAGGGAAGAACUCGAACAUGCGGAUAUGAAAGAAAAUACAGAGGGAGAAGUAAUGGCACAACUUACUGAGGAGGAGCUUGGUUCUGUAAAUAAAUGUGAAGUUCUGGUGGUGAUGGAACAUGAUAACUGUCCUUUUGUAGAGCUUGACAAUGGUAAUCGUGGAUUGGUAAGUGAUAGUGACAUUGGGGUGGCCAAUGUGCUGAAAGGCAGGGUUGGUGAAAGGGUCAAGCUUGAAAAUGGUGUGGAGUUCAUGGAUGAACUGUCGGGCUCUGUAAAUGGGCGUAUAGUUGCAGAUAUUGAUAGAGCGAACAAUGAGAAUGUGGGGACUGUAGAGAAAAAAAUGGAUAUCCUCAGAACUGAGGCUGAUAUGAGAUCGGAAAAGACAUAUCAGGAGCAGGGAAUAAUUGAUCCCAACUUCAUCACCUCACCAAUAUGUGGAGAUUUUCCCUGGUCGGUAGAUAGGGCCACUGAAGAUAGACUUGGAUCUGAAUAUAGCAUUUUCCCAGUAGAGGCAAAAGGUGAACAGAUCCAAUCCAGUGAAGAUGCGGGAAAGAGAUAUUCUGGAGAACUUGAUACCAAUGAGGUCAGUGGUAUCCCGCAAUUUGAGUCUAAAACAUUGGCUGAGGCAACGGAAGCAUUGGAAUGUGUGGAUGAUGCUAAUGAACCAGUGGCUGGUGGCAUCUCUCCUGUUUGCCAAAUGGGUGAUUUGAGUCUACCUGUUUUAGAUCCUCUUGACACCGCUGUAGAAUAUGAACCAGAUGGUCAAAAAUCAGUAAGCCAAGAAAGUAGUCAAUUAGAUGGUUAUGUUUCCUGUCGAGAUGUUGAAUAUUUUGAGUCUUCUGGUUGCAAUGAAAAAGAGACACCGGAGAUUGUUGUGCCUGACACUCUUGCUGAAACAAGUCUACAUGAUGCUGUUGGGAAUUGUUUAAGUGAAUCCAAAGAGAUUGGAAGAUCAGAUGAGAUAUUGGAACUUGUUUCCAUGGAAGUCAAAAAUACUGAUGACUUCUCUAGUAGAGAUUCUGUUGGUGAUCUCACAGUUAAUACAGAAUUGUUGGAGCCACAACCAAGUCAUGAAUUGUCUGUGAACUGUGGAGAUGCUACAGUGAAAGUGGAUAGUAAAGAGGGAGUAGAUGGGGAUAUCCAUUCAGAAGGUUCUAAAAUGAUUAUUGAAAAGGAAGAUUAUGAGGAGCAUGAUGAUCCUGAAUUUGAAGACACGGGGAUUUCACUUGAGAAUGGUGUUGGGGAUUCAGAACUCUGGCAAAUUGUUAAAACAGAUUAUUCCUCUGAAAAUCUCACCCUUGAGGAAUUUGCUGAAGUGAAAGUGGAAAGAGGAAUGCCUGUUUCUGUCUCGGUUGACAUUGAGGAGCCUUCCAAUGAAAUUGGAAUUGUUCAAUCUGUGCAUGGUGAACAUGAAUGCUGGGAACUGAAAGAGACCAAACAGGCUAUUGAAGAAAUUACCCUGCUGCCACAUGCUGAAGAUGUUUGUUUAAUGAAGGUGUCUUGCUUGGAAGAGCAUGAUUGUGGGAGUCAUGAAAAAGCCGAUGAAGAAAAUAUAAAGGUGACUACUGAAUUUAAUGUUGAGGUUGGAGAAGAGGUGAUCAUGGUAGAAAUGGACGUGGAUAAAGUUCCAGAAGUGGAAGUGGAAGAACCUAUGAAGGCCUUGACGGAAAAGCACAAUAGUGUCCAUGGUGAAGCUGAAAAGAGCCAACAGAGUGCAGAGACCUUUAGAGAGAAUUUUGAUCAAGAGGAUUGUGAAACGAGUGUAGGUAGCAUGGUUCUUACACCUGCUUGCAAAGGUUCCGCGGACUUCUCCAUGGAAGACGGUUCUAAUAGCUGUGGAUGCAGUAAUGUUACUUCUGAAGGUGGAAAGAUUGUAUUACAGAAAUUCUUAAUGACCAUGAGGGAAGAAUUGAGUGCUGCACUUUGUCAGGAGGCCGCUGGGCCUCAAGAAAUUGAGGAGUUGUUGAAAAGCCUUGAAGGUGUGGGGUGGGACUUUGAAAAUGACUUCUCUCUUGGUUCUGCUGCUCUUUCACCCGUUGCUGAUUCAAAAAGUCAAGAUUGUGGACAAAGUACCAAGGAGAUCUAUUCUUCCGAGCAUAAUCAUGUAUUGUACAAAGAUGAAGAAAGAGAUUGGAAUGAGCAAAUAAAUGAUGACAAACCUAGCCCUUUGGAUUCAUUCUUUGUUGCUAAAAGCCCAAGUCAGCAAUUGAAAUUGGAGUUAUCUGGUAGGAAGCAAGUUUCAGCAGCCAAGAUGAAUCAAGUCAAUAGUCUACUGAAGAGGUUAUUUAUUUCUUCUGCUGUGAAAAGGAGAUGUGCUGGGAACAGCUCUGUGCAGAACACACCUGAGAAAUCACUUGUUAACAUGCACGAAUUUGGAAUGAAGGAGAAUGUUGUAAGCAGUAAGAGAGGCCGUGAUAUUACAAUUGAGAGAUCGGGAACAAAAAGGAGAGCAUUAGGUGAUCUGCAGAAUAGAAUGAGAGUUGACAAGGCCUCUUGAGUUGUUUAGGAAUAACGACUAUUUAACAUUGGAUGAAGACCUGAUGAGGGACUUCAAUGCAUAGAAUACCUGAGGUGGAAAUUUAGUAGCUUAGGCAUACCUCAUGCAAGCGCACUUAGGAGACCGCUUUUUAGGUGUCUCUGUAUUUUAACAUUUUAUCUUGUUUGUUGAUUUCAUGGAUGUGUUCAGUUUUCUGGUUUCACAACAAGGCUGUUGUAACUUGUAAAAAUCUAGUUCUAGGCCUUGUUCGUCUUUGUUGGUUGCCCAUCUUCAGAGAAAUGAAAAUUUUAGUGUAACAUUUGGUAGGGAAAUGAUCUCACAAACUAAAUGUUUUGUAUU